AGCGGCCCUCUCCACAAUAAAUCAAUCGGUUCCAUCAGUAAACCCUGCGCCCACUAAAAAUAACCUCGCUUACUAGCCUAUAAAAAGGCCAUCAGCUGAGAGGGAGCUUCAUUCAUACUCACUCACGAGGUCCUCGAAGAACGAAGACGCAGUACUACUAGUACUACAUACUUUAACGCGGUUGACUAGGUAGAGCUCCUCAACUUUAUACACUAAAAGCAGAUAAAGAAAAGCGAACGCCAAGGAAAACUUCUUUAGGAUCGUUUUUAAAGUCAGUCGAGGAACUUCAGCAUUGACUUGAAAGGCAUAAGUAGAUACUGAUUUAACUGAAGUGGAUUUUUUUGCCGUCCUGGUCGUUUUUACACGAACGAAAAUCAAGAUGUACAAAAUAGCCGAGGCCGUGGUCGUGGCACUUCUCUGUUGUUCAAUGGUGAGCGGUUAUUUCAGUGAUUACGAAUUUGAGACCAAGCCCCAGCCGACCGGCCCGCCUAAAAUUUGCGGCCUUCCCUCCGAUCUAGUCUUCGUCAUCGACGCCAGCUCCAGCAUAUGGCCGCCUCACUUCCGGAAACAGCUAGAGUUCAUCAACAGCGUGGUCAACGAAUUCAACGUGGACGGGCACGGGACGGGGACAAGGGUCGGCGCCAUCACGUUCAGUGACUCCUACGCCGUGGACAUCCAGUUUAACCUCAACGAUUACUUCAAGCGGGAGCAGCUGUCCAAUGCCAUUAAGAAGAUUUACCAGCGUGCUGGACAGACGUACACCAAUAUCGCUUUGAAGAAGAUGCGCGAAAGCAUGAUGACGAUGCGGGAGGGCGCUAGAUGGGACGAUGAUGAAGUCCCCAAAAUCGCCAUCGUGAUGACAGACGGGAAGUCUACACUCAAAGAAGAGACGAUCAAACAGGCCAAGCUGGCCAAAGAGGCGGGGAUCAGAAUCAUGGUCAUCGGCAUAGGCGAUCGGCGUAAGAACGGUUUGAACAUCGACAUCAACGAGCUGAAUGCCAUAGCAAGCGAGCCCACGGAGAAGAACGUGUUCCACGUGAAAGGCGGCUAUGACGCCUUGAACAACAUCAAGAGGGAGUUGGCCAUCAAAGCGUGUGAAGUCAAGGCUAAGAUUCCACCAUGGCAUGACUGCGGCAAGAAGAUGCAAUCCGAUGUUGCCUUCGUUCUGGGAGAGGCCACGACGAGAAACCCCGACAAAUUGCGCUUCUACAGUCAGCUCGUCAAGAACAUCACCAAGAAGUUUGAAGUCGGACCGGAUGCCAUCCAGGUCGCCAUGGUCCCAGAGGAGUGCAAGGCACCCGGAUUCUCUUUCAACCAGUACCAGGAUAUGUGGUCCCUUCAUAAACAUUUGGACAACGUAGAGAGCAAAGAAUUGUACACCACCCAGUCAAGAAUCCACCACCUCGUCAAGAGCACUUUCCACCAUAAAAACGGCGCCCGUAAGAAUGUACGGAAAUUGGCGGUGCUCGUUUUGGACAAGGACCCAGAAAAGUUGAAAUCGGCCUACGCCGCAGCCAGAGCUGCGAAGAAGCACGGUAUUAAAAUUAUGACACUGGCAGUCUCCGAUGAAGUAAGCGACAAGACGUUGUUCAGCCUCGCCUCCAAGCCUCAGUAUGGGUUAAGGUUCAACCAAUCAGCAGCUUUGAACAAAAAUCUACGAAAGCUUUUAUACAGAGUAAUCUGCAAAGAUAAAGAAGAGGAAGACGAAGAUGAACGCGGCGGCUACGUGGACGAGUCAUGAACGUUAUCUCUCCUCACAGAAAUCGAAAUUCCCCGUUACCCACCACGUGAUACUUGACUUUUCAAGGUGGCAGAGCAUCAGUGUGACACAUUCAUGUCUUCUUGGUCGAAGACUUUUCGGAAUUUCAAGAAAUUCCUAAUCGUUUCCGCAAACAGUUAAAAAAUAAGUCGUUAUAAACUUUUGGGACAGUUGCGCGGAAACAUACACCCCACAUUGUAUUAUCCAGAGACUUAAACAGCAUUAAACCGUGAAUCGGACACACGACUUCGCAUCUAUAAACGGCUGGAAGCAGAGCGUCAGUGAUGCGAUUAGAUAGGACGUCAUCAAAUCAGACAAAGUGACAAAAGACUUCUGAAGAACAAAAUUCGUCCACCAGAGAACUUUGUUCAAUCUUUACAUCUCUGCCUUUGCCGCUUACCUGUACUCGUUUUAAUCAUCAUCUGUUCAUUUAUUCAUUAAUCGUGUGCAUAUCCUCCUGUAACUUCUCAUUCACAUACUUUCACGAUAAAGCUGCGUUGUUCGCGCAGAUGUUAGUAAUAAGACUCGUGUUUGUAUUUACGCUAUACUGUAUUUGGCAGCCUUUGAGGAAACUGUUUAAAGUUUGUGGAGUUGAAAAACGUUUUUGAUGUAAAAAUGUGAUCGUAUCCAAUUAGGUAUUGACUGUAGUUUACACAACUUGAGCUAAAAGCAACGGUAGCGAGGCACACCUGGAAAAGCAAUAAACGCUGCCGACACAACAUGAUGUAGCGUGAAGGGGGUGACAAAAUGGCAUCGAAGUGACAACUGUAAGGGUUUUUAUUUGACGCGUGACCGCCAAAAAGGUGUGUUCCGAGAAAGUGUGAAAUUUUGGGCACUUUGCAAGUGGGCUUAAAACAAAAUAUGUUGAUUUUAAAAAUCAUGCCGGACAUGACCGCGUUUGUCUUGUGGUCUAUCUUGAAUUUUGACUUCUGACAACUGCAAAAAACGAAAAGUGCCUAUCGUAAAUUACAUCAGCUGCGGAUCUUUGGACCCCCUUCGGCGACAAAUGUUUUGCAAAAUGCUCAGGGAAAUGGAUUUAUAUUUUCGCUAUACAAAAUGAAUGAAAUCACGUGCAAUCGAAAGGUCAAAGUAAGCACCAUAAUUCAGCAACAAAGGCUGUUUCAGGAAGGCAGUUCAGAACAUUGUUCGGUUCGAAGCACUGCCAUUUCGUACAUUUCAUAAAUACGCGUGCCUGUUCUCGUGUAGUAAUGGGAGGCGAACGAACGUCUUCAAGAAAUAUAUUGACUGUACAUGUAUUUGUCAUCGGACUACUUUUGGUUGAUAGGCCUUGUAUUGUGUUUCAUUUGACAUAUAUAUGACUAUACAUAAUGCUCUGUGCCUUUGUUUUCAUGUCAUUGACAUUGCUAGAAAUGUUACAGAAACCCAGGACCAAGUAGCCUAAUUAAGAAUUAGUGAGACGGAGCAUAUAUAGCACAGCAAUAGAGAGCUUCGAUCUAAAUAAUGAGUAAAGGUUUAUCAGUAAAGUCUAUUUAGGUAUUUUUUGGUAUUUAUAUUGUUAUAAUACUGUAUAUAUGUGAAUAGUGUAAUUUAUUAUAGUGUAAUUUCUGGUUUAUUUAGCGAAGAUUCAUGCACAACGUACUGUAGCAUGAUCAUAAAUGUGCACUUUGAUGGGUAAUCAAUUUUUAUUUUUAUCUUUUUAUUUUUUCAACAAUGUAUAAAAUCUGAAAAAGUAUGCCAUUGUGAAUCGGACUUGAGCAUUUCAACAGGAUGGAACUACUUUUCACAUGUGAUUUUGACUCGAGUCCUGGUAAACAUCAUUCUUUUAACACUUGGAGGUUCUGAUUGUCGAAAGCCAAAGUUGCUAUACUAAAAUGGGACAUUUUGCCAAAUACCCUGGUUUUGAAUAUGUCGUUUUUUAAGACAACCGGAUGUUGGAUUUUCCGGAUUGUUUUGACGAAUACCAUGCACCAAAAGAUUGGCGAGGACGAUAUCAAAAGAGCUGCACGUGGACCUGUGCUCUUAAAAGCCAUAACUGUUUACGCACACCCCACCAUUGCUACUUUUUGACGACUAACUGGUGCCUUCUGUGCCUCCCCCUACGCUAUACUUGGCAGGGGCCAAUACUCUUAGUCGCGGGGCCAAUAUAGCCAUCGAUAUUGAGAAUCCAACGCUUUGGCACAAAGUGUUGUCUUAACGAUCUGACUGUGGGAUAAAUGAAGAACUGGCUUCAUCGGUUAAUACUGAUGAAUAUUAUGUAAAUAUCGUCCUAAAAAAAAAGAAUGUUUCUGAUAAAAGCAGUUGACUGCCAGAUGAUCUUUGACUGGAAAAUACGUUUGCAAGUGUUUUAUUCGUUUAACGUGGUGAGCACACGUUAUUUGUUUGUGAUAUUUUCACUGAUGGUAUUUAUAUUGAAAUGUACAAUAUAAGAGAAUAUUUUUUGGAAAUACACACCGUACUGAAAGAA